CAACAACCAAACUACAGCGGUCGUGGCAGGUGCGCACGUCUCGUCAUUCCGUGCCCCCCCCACCGCUCGCCAGCCCGAGACGAUCAUCGCGUCCGCCGUCUUUCUUGUCGUGCGGUGACGCCAGCAGCCGCCCGCUCCUUUGAUGGUGGUGGUGGUGGACGGUGCCUGUGAUGGGUGGACCCCGUGCGUGUGCGUGUGUCCGUGUGUUUGUUCCGCACUUAAAAGCCGAGGCGGGUUCGAGGCUGUGCCACACGGACGCGUGAGCGCGAAGAGGUCGCGGUACAGCGCGGCACGGGUCGGAGCUGUGGACAGUCGUCCGUGCUGACCCGGCAUGAAGGGGCAGAGCUAACGGCAGCAACAGCACAGAGCGGCGGGCGGGUCGCGUCCCGCCGCUGAAUCGGACAUGGAGCUCAACUCGUCCCAGCUGUGGGAGCGGAACGGCAGCGGAGACGGAUUUGACGUGGCGCGCACGGACACCGCCCAGGCGGUGACCUACGACCGCAGCAGCCGCAUCGCCACGCUGGCCACGAUCUUCGCGCUCUCCGUGCUGGGCAACGCGUGCGUCCUCGCCAAGAUCGCGUGCGGCGCGGCGCGCGGCCGCCGCAGGGCCCGCCGCGUGGACGUCCUCUUCAGCAACCUGGCAGCCGCCGACCUCUGCGUGGCCCUGCUCACGCUGCUCUCGCAGAUGGUCUGGGAGGCGCUGGAGGACGCGUGGCUCGGAGGCGACGCGUCGUGCCGCGUGCUCAAGGUGGCCCAGAUCUUCGGUCUCAUGGCCUCGUCCAACAUGAUCGUGGUGAUCGCGCUGGAGCGCCACCGCGUCAUCCUCUACCCGCUGGAGCCUCCGCUGCCGGCGCGCCGCCUCUGCCUGUCGGCGUGGCUGUGCGCGCUGCUCUUCUCCGCGCCGCAGGCUCUCGUGUUCCGCGCCGUCCACCCGGACCCCGCGCAGUUCUCGCUCUCGUUGUCGUCACCGUCGUCGUCGCCGCCGCCGUCGCCCUCGCCGGCCGCGUCCGGCCGCUGCGUCAGCACUUUCUCCGAGCUGCCCCGCUGGCACUUCCAGGCGUACAUCAUCUACGGCGCCACGGCCGUGUUCAUCGUGCCCUUCUGCGUGCUCUGCGUCGCAUACACGCGCAUCCUCUACACCGUCUGGAGCAAGGAGCGCUACGCCUCGCCGGCGCGCGCCGUGCCCGGCACCCCGGCCGACUCGCGCCGGAGGCCCAGCAACGGCGGCCGCGCGGCCAAGGGCCCGGCGGCGGCGGCGGGGCCGCUGCGUGUGAAGCCGGCCAACAGCGCGCUCCCCCGCGCCAAGGUGAAGACGCUGAAGAUGACGCUCGUCAUCAUCCUGCUGUUCAUCGUGUGUGGGCUGCCCUACUUCGUGCUCGAGAUGAAGUUCGCGUUCGGCAGCGCGUCGCGCGCGGACGAGCAAGUCACGGCCGUGCUCGGCAUCUUCGUGGCCUCCAACUGCGCCGUCGACCCCUUCGUCUACCUCUUCUUCAGCUCCGACAACCGCUAUGUGCGCUACUUGGAGACCAGCCUGUGCUUCGCGUGCCUCCAGGCCAGGGGCCGCGGCCGUCGCGGUGGAGCCGCCGGCCUCGGCGGCGGCAGCGCGGCGCUCGCCGACGGCCGCCGCCAGAGCCGGCAGCAGGGGCACGCGAAUGGGCGCGCCGGGCUGCGCCGGGACCGGCAACGGGACCGCCUGCGCUGCGCGAGCCGGCAGCCCGGCGCCGCCGCCGGUUGGACGCUGGGGCCCGCGCUCUGGGGCUGGGGCGGCGGCGCCGCCUACUCGGAGGCGGAGCGUGGAGCGCCGGCGGGCCGGUGGAGCCGAGGGCGCCGCGGGGAGCCGUCCAGCUCGUCGUCCGAGCUGGAGAGCGCGGCGUGGUACGGCACGUCCUUCUCGCUGGGCCACAGCGAGGGGCGAUCCGCGAGCGACUACUCGGUGUGCGAGAGCAGCUUCUGAGCUUCGCUCGCACUCGGGCACGUGUGGCCGGGCCACUUUGCGCGCGUGCCCAGCCACCGCAUGCCCAGCCACCGCAUGCCCAGCCACCGCAUGCCCAGCCACCGCAUGCCCAGCCACCGCAUGCCCAGCCACCGCAUGCCCAGCCACCGCAUGCCCAGCCACCGCAUGCCCAGCCACCGCAUGCCCAGCCACCGCAUGCCCAGCCCACCGCAUGCCCAGCCACCGCAUGCUAAAACAGCUUCUGUUUGGCCAGAUAGAGGGGGCUAAAGGAGCGCAGCACAGGCUGGAGAAAGCAAAUACUGAUGCGGUACAGGAGGAUGUGGAGCUGAGUGGACUUGUCGAUGACCGGUACUGGCAGUGUUAAGAUCAGCCUCUGUGGAGGAGGCUCCUGAAAGACGCUACUCUGGUGAAUUGGAGGCAGUGGCUCUCCAACAACGAGCUGAGCGUCCGGGCAUAUUAACAAGCAAGUUGGCAACCCAUGGCACCUGCGUCUGUCCCGGGACCUCCUGCCAGCGAGCCUUCGACACUUCACGUGGCCUCAAAGUGCACCUGGCCAUGCCCCGGUGGCUUUACAGAGUGAUCGCAUUCGUGCUGCCAGUAUGCCGCAGUGGCCUGUGGAACGCUGCGAUGGUGCAGGUUUCCCUCGCCCUAUGCGGGUUCGGUGUGUGGGGAAGUAUUCAAUAGGCGACGUUGCGGGAAAAUGGCCUUUCUACACAUGGGCCCCCUUGACCACUCCACACGUGUCCCCUUGGUCCCUGUGCUACGGGUGACCCAGUGGUGUUUGUUUCAGAGGCCACGUCUCCUUCUCCUCUGCUGCGCCCACAGUCUUCUCCUCCCUUCUCACAGCCGCUCCCCGUGCCGUUGACUCCCUGCCGCUGUGACUCAUGCAUGCUGCAUAACGUGUACGGCUUUCAGGCGUUUUGUGUCUACGUGGCUUGUUUAUGAUUCCCGCUCACGGCCAACACCAUUGACGGUUAUCUGAGCCGCUCCUGGGUACUCAACUAGGUCGACUCAGCCUCAAAUGAGUACCCUGGUGCGAUGUGUAAACAUCGCCACUCGGGAGGCAAAGGCGACGGGGGCGUGGUGCUGGCCACCCACCCCCUCGUGUGCCGUGCCGGCAUUUAUAGGUGCUUGCUAACAGCACCCACAGGCUUAUAUAUGGGAAGGGGGGGGGGGAUCUUUGUAUUUGUGUCACUGGACACCGCUGGGACGGCCUC